UUUUUUUCUUUUGCAGUUUAUUUGUUGAAGAAGCUGGGUUGUUUGUACUGCAGUUUCCCAAGGUCUGGAGUUUGCUGAUUGUAUCCUCAUAGUGUUACUUAAUAUGUUCCUCUGUCUCUUGUAUUUCCUGUCAGUUCGUAGUUGGAGCUUGAGACUUGAUCAGAUUCAGGCUCGCUUCUCAUACGUGCGGAUGAAAUACCUUUUCUUUUCCUGGUUGGUGGUUUUUGUUGGAAGUUGGAUUAUAUAUGUGCAAUAUUCUACCUAUACAGAGCUAUGCAGAGGAAAGGACUGUAAAAAAAUAAUAUGUGACAAGUACAAAACUGGAGUUAUCGAUGGGCCUGCUUGUAAUAGCCUUUGUGUUACAGAAACUCUUUACUUUGGAAAAUGCUUAUCAACCAAGCCCAACAAUCAGAUGUAUUUAGGGAUCUGGGAUAAUCUGCCAGGUGUUGUGAAAUGUCAAAUGGAACAAGCACUUCAUCUUGAUUUUGGAACUGAAUUGGAACCAAGAAAAGAAAUAGUUCUAUUUGAUAAGCCAACUAGGGGAACUACUGUACAGAAAUUCAAAGAAAUGGUCUACAGUCUUUUUAAAGCUAAGUUGGGUGAUCAAGGAAACCUCUCUGAACUGGUUAAUCUCGUCUUGACAGUAGCUGAUGGAGACAAGGAUGGCCAGGUUUCCUUGGGAGAAGCAAAGUCAGCAUGGGCACUUCUUCAAUUAAAUGAAUUUCUUCUCAUGGUAAUACUUCAAGAUAAAGAACAUACCCCCAAAUUAAUGGGAUUCUGUGGUGAUCUCUAUGUAAUGGAAAGCGUUGAAUAUACCUCUCUUUAUGGAAUAAGCCUUCCAUGGGUCAUUGAACUUUUUAUUCCAUCUGGAUUCAGAAGAAGCAUGGAUCAGUUGUUCACACCGUCAUGGCCUAGAAAGGCUAAAAUAGCCAUAGGACUUCUAGAAUUUGUGGAAGACGUUUUCCAUGGCCCAUAUGGAAACUUCCUCAUGUGUGACACUAGUGCCAAAAACUUAGGCUAUAAUGAUAAGUAUGAUUUGAAAAUGGUGGACAUGAGAAAAAUUGUGCCAGAGGCAAACCUGAAAGAACUUAUUAAGGACCGUCACUGUGAGACUGAUUUGGACUGUGUCUAUGGCACGGAUUGUAGAACUAGCUGCGAUCAGAGUACCAUGAAGUGUACUUCAGAAGUGAUACAGCCAAACUUGGCAAAAGCCUGUCAGCUACUCAAAGACUACCUGCUGCGUGGUGCUCCAAGUGAAAUUCGUGAAGAAUUAGAAAAGCAGCUUUAUUCUUGUAUUGCUCUCAAAGUCACAGCAAAUCAAAUGGAAAUGGAACAUUCUUUGAUACUAAAUAACCUAAAAACAUUACUGUGGAAGAAAAUUUCCUACACAAAUGACUCUUAGUUCAUUUAGACAUUGUUACCAUUCUAAGACACUUACUUCUAAAAAAGUUUUGAACAUUUAAAAAAAUGGCUUCUGAUUGAGUUCCCUGCCAGUUACUUACAUAGAACUCCUUUCCUCUGGGACUAGUGAAGCCAUCAUGUUAAAAUAAAUAUGGUGAUUACUAAAUGGCAGGUGUAGGAGUAACAGGUCCAAAAGAUUUCAUUCCUGCCCCCCUUUUUUAGAAGCUGUUAUAUUUCUCAGUGCAUCCACUGUGUAACUAAAAAAAAAAUGCUGUGAAAAUCCUCAUUUCAUAAACAUCAAGAGUAUUUUGUAGACUUAUAAUUGUUAGUCAAAAUACCAUUGAUGGAAACAUUGUUUGCACUGAAGCUGCUGUUUAAAAGACAAUUUAUACAUAAAAUUUACUAAUGUCUUAGCAUGGUAAAGUUUGCACAUUAACAGAAAUUAAGACUGCAAAGCAGGUAAGUUACCCUUUUUUAAACAGGUAAUAGCAUGGUUUGUUGUAUUAUAGACUUAUACAUACAUUUUUAACCUCAUUUUACACAUCAGUUGUUAUCUGUAGUUUCAGGAUGUUCCCCUAAGUGGCUCUUUAAGAGGCUCUUGUAAUUAAAAAUCCUUUACAAAAUAUUCUACAUGUCAACAUAUAAAUGCCAAUUUUUACAGCCAACACUGGGUAAGCUUUCAUGUAAUUCUCCUAAAGAAAUUCAAAGGAUCCAUCUUAGUACAAGUACCAGUGGAACCCUUCAAAACCUAAGGCCAUAGCCCCAAUCCAGACCCACAUAUCCUAAAUUUGAACUAUGGGGGAAAUCAGAUUUCUAUGAAAUAACAAUUUAUUUAGUAAAUAUUUUCCAUUUCCAAACAGUAUUUCCUAAUGGCCAAGAGGGCUAUUUAAG